AUGGCUAUAAAUGUUUUUCUUGAUGACGAUAAUAAUAAUAAUAAUAAUAAUAAUAAUAAUAAUAAUGGCUGGAAAAGUCAUGUUGCUAUAAAUUUAAUGCGGUUUGAUACAAAAAGAGUGAAAGGGAGCGAGAGACAGUCAAACAAAACCAUGGAUAUGAUGAGAUGUAAGAACAUCGAGAUAAACACACAACAACAACAACAACGGCAACAACAUCCUUGUAAAUUUCAGCAACAUCAACAACGACACCAUCACCAGCGGCAGGAUAACCGCAUACGGUCAUCAUUAUUAUCGGGACCCCUCUUCCAAUUACUACUUCUACUUACGUUCAUUUCAUCGGCCAGCACUGAACAGGAAAUCAUCGAGAUCAAGUACAGCAUCGAGGAAGAACUGCCAGCAGGUACGUACGUCGGUAACGUUGUCAACGAUGCCAACCUGGUCUCCAUCUACGACUCGACCCAGAUGCGGCAACUGCAGUUCAAAUUUUUCAGACCGGCAAUUUCACCGUCGUUUGUUAUUGACCCAAUUACUGGCGUAAUCGAGACGGGAGCCUCGAGGUUGGACAGAGAAUCGAUCUGUCAGGGAAUGGAAAGUUGUUUGAUUCGGCUCGAUAUCGGUAUUCAACCGGCUAAAUUUUUUAGAAUUAUCCGGGCUACAAUAACUCUCCUUGAUAUAAACGACAACGAUCCGACAUUCGCUAGUCAUUCAUUUGUACUGGAAAUUUCGGAAGCCGCACCAGUCGGUUCGUCGUAUCAUCUGCCAAUCGCCGAGGAUCUCGAUGGACCGAAAUAUUCGGUAGUCGAUUACAAACUUGGGAAAGUUUCACCAGGUAGUACUGAUCCGUUUCUACUCGCCUGGGACAAACCGCCAAAAUUAAUUCAUCGUCUGCCCAUAAACGUUGACGAUAAGACUGUACCACGUCUGACACUGAUGAAGCAACUAGACAGGGAGAAGCAAAACACCUACUACACGGAACUUGUGGCUAUCGAUGGCGGAUCACCGGCAAGAACCGGUAAAAUUCAAAUUGAAAUUAGAGUUUUGGACGCGAACGAUAAUGCCCCGAUAUUCGAAAGGUCAUCUUACGUUGUGUCCAUCCCUGAAAAUGCUCCGAUAGGCAGUAACAUAGCUAAAGUUUACGCUACAGAUGCGGAUGAAGGGUUGAAUGGGAUGGUGAUGUACCAUCUAUCGAGUGCUAGUCGGAAUUCAUUCGGUAACAUUUUCAGCAUCGACAACAAAACCGGUGAAAUAUUUUCUACUGCCAAACUCGAUUUCGAAACGAAGCAAUCGUAUCAAUUGAUAAUUGAAGCCAGUGAUCUGGGAUCGGAUUCGGUAGUUGUGUCUACUGUCGUCACGAUUAAUAUCGAAGAUGUUAACGACAACCCGCCACAAAUCACUGUCGGUAGUAUGACGUCAUCCAUGGAUACGGAUGCUCUCAUUCCAGAAGAUUUUCCCAUAGGAAGUUUCGUCGCUCACGUGAGCGUCGUUGACCUAGAUUCAGGUGUGGGAGGAAAAUUUAACUGUGUCAUGAAGGAGCUGUCAGGCUCAUCGUUCCAACUAACGAACGAAGGAGGGAUCGAAGCAUCGAAGCAAAUCGCCCAUUUUCAAAAAUCUCCGACCUUCCGAUUGAAACAAAUAUCUGAAACAGAGUUUCAAAUUCUAACUCAAUCCGAACUGGAUAGAGAGAAGCAGGAGUCGUAUGAACUGCACAUCACCUGUAAAGAUUCAGGCCACCCAUCCCUCAACUCAACGAAAGUUGUCAGAAUAAAUAUAGAAGACGUGAACGACUGCACGCCCACAUUCAGAGACAACUUCUACAGAGUUGAAAUUCAGGAGAACAACUACAUCGGUGCUAACAUCGUCAAGUUGUCGGCCGACGAUUGUGACGCUGGCGACAACGGCCGCGUGACCUACCAGUUGGUGAGGUCAAAAGAAAAUUUUAUUGUUGAUCCAAAAUCGGGGCUAGUAAAAGCGAUAGUUUCAUUCGAUAGGGAGUCAAUAGGCGACGAAGUAAAUUUCACAGUAGUGGCAACUGAUCACGGCCACGAGCAGAGAUCUGGAACAGUGGAUGUGUCGGUUAAAAUAAUCGAUGUGAAUGAUAAUCGACCGAUAUUUGAUUCACUAGUGUACCAUUUCAACGUCUCUGAAAACCUACCGAUCAACAUGUACAUCGGCAAAGUUUCGGCAACAGACGCUGACAAAUCAGGGACGAAUAAUUCAAAAAUUUUGUAUUCCUUGCUCAACGACACGGCAGCGGAAUACUUCAGGAUCGACAACGUUACUGGCGACAUAUUCACCGUCAAAAACCUAGACCGAGAAGUUACAUCUGCACAUUACUUUGCAGUCACGGCCCGAGAUCACGGUGUACCAGCAUUAUCGUCGAGUGCCAGCGUCGUGGUCAUCAUCAAUGAUAAGAACGAUAAUGCUCCGAUAUUCGAAUUUCCGACAAUACAAAAUACGACUAUUCAGUUGAAUAGCAGAGCAGCCAAAAGUUACGAGGUGACUCGGUUUCGGGCUACCGAUCUCGAUUCGGGAUUAAACGGUAAAGUCGUCUACGCCAUGGACAACGAUAGUUUACUAAAUAACGGUUUCGGAGAGUUAUUCCAUCUCGAUUCUACAACCGGUAUUUUAACGCUACUCUCUGAAGAUAUUACAUCUAUGAAUGGUCAGGUUAUCUUAUUAAAAAUCAGAGCCGAAGAUUCUGCCGAACUACCUGAAGGGAAACAAAAAAAUGAAGUGAACGUCAGAGUAGUUAUCAACGCAUCCGCCCCGCUCUUCAUCAACGGCCAGCUGGUUGAAAGUUCAAGUUGGCUACUUGCCCUCGGAUUUUACGAUAGCUACGGCAACACCGUAAAAAGCAUCCCAUCCUUAUUCAUGAUUUUAAUAUCCGUAUUAGUCGCUAUAUUACUGGUGAUCCUUAUCAUAACGAUCGCCUGCUUGAAACAUCGAAGGAGAGGUAACAGAAAACCGACCACGUGUAUCGGUAACAGUGCAACCAACCAAUACAACUGCAGGGCUGCAACGCUCAAAAUGCUCUCCUCACUACCGGAAUCGUCGACUUUCCAUACCGAGCUCAUUUCCUCUGAUGCGGAGUUCGGCAGGAGCGGAUCUAUGCAGGAUCUAGCAACACCCCUCAGUCAGGAAUCGAGAUUAUUCGACGAUCACAUCGAUUUCCGGAGAGAUUCCAAGACAAUCCUGAACAGCGCCAUUGUUGACGAGAGUUGCUACGACGACGACGACGACGAUGGCAUGACGCAUGCAGACUCAAUAUCCGGACCGUACACUAUCAAUUGCAUUCAACAGAGGCAACCCAACAACAACAUCAACAACAACAGCAACAACAAACUGAUGACUAACCUACAAAACACGUACAACCCAUGCACGAUACAGUGUUGGAAACAACCGCAACAAUCACCAAACUGUUGCCUAAACUAUCUCAGCAGCAACAACAACAACAACAACACCCAACAACAACAACACUGCAACAACAUGCAACAACAAAACUCAUACCAACAACAACAGCAAAUGAAAGGCGUCUUUUUAAACCGGCCCAGAAACACAAACUCUAGGAGGAAAAAUAUGGACCAUAGUAGCACCAUCGACGCUGAGACCGAGGCCAAACAUUUGUUGGAGAUCUUAAAAGAAGAUGCGGUGUUGGAAAAUUUGAGCAUCUCCUCGGACCAAGGGGCCAACUCAGACAGUGGCAAGGGGGGAAGCGAGGAGGGCGGUGAGGUGCAAAUGGGGCACCUGAAUAAAACCCUCAACCUACCCGUCAUGCACUGCUGUGAAACGGGCCUAGUCGAUGACGUCACCCUCGCCGGGGGAAACAGUAACGUGGUAGAUUGUGGUGGUGGUGGGUGGCAGCCACCGAAAUGAACAUGGCGGGUUCUGCGUGUGUUCUAAUAGUGAGGCAUGUUUACCGUACACCCAAACUCAUCUUUGAUGAGAAAAACGGUGGAAAAAUCAUUAUACAAUAGCAGCAACAACAACAUCAACCAUCAUAAUUGUUUUAAUGCCAGCAGCUGCAACAACAACAAUUGUUGCAACAACAGCAACAAAACCAACAACAACAUUAACAAUAAUAUCAUCAACGACAUCAACUGUUGCAAUAUCAACAACAGCAACAACAAAAUCGUAAGAAAAAUUUUAAAUUUGAACAACAACUGCAAUGACGACGAUUACUUAUUCUUUAACAACAACAACAGCAACAACAACAACAGCAACAACAACAUUAAUUGUAACAAUAAUAAUCACAACAACAAUUAUAAUAAUAAAAAUAAUAAUCAUAACAAUGUCAAUAAUAAUGAAAACAGUUUUAAUGAUGGUAACAAAAACAUCAGUCGUUACCUCAGUAACUAUGCCGAAAAUGACAUUAAGAACUACAACAACAACAACAAUAAUAACAUCAUCAACAACAGCAGCAACAACGAAAGUUAUAAUAACAACAACAAUAACAACAACAUCAAUGACAACAACUGUUACAACAGCAGCAAAUUGCCACUAAUCAAUCAGACUACACCUGUCAAAAUUAACCUAAACAACAACAACAAAAAUGAAAAUAAUAAUAAUAAUACAAAUAAUCAAUUUUCAACUUUCGGUAAAAACAAUCCCAAAUCAUCCCCGUCAAGAGUUACCGGAAAUCAUUCAGCCGGAUCGACUUGUGUGGCCAUUAGUGCCACGACCGCUCAUCCAACAUCAUUAUCAUCACCUCGCCCACCAUCAUUAUCAUCACCUCGCCCACCAUCCUUAUCAGCAACUCACCCCCCGCCAACACCACCACCACCUUCAUCAUCACAGCAUCAGACAUCGAUACCGAGAAGCGAGAUUAGAUUCAUGUCCAACCUAAGUGGCAUUAAAUAUGAACCUUUGAAAACAUCUAGUAAACAUUCAUCUAUUUAUAAAAAUUAUUCUCCUUAUCUACAAAACCAUAUUAAUAAUAAUAAUAAUAUUAACAUUAAUAGUAAUAAUGACGUCAUUAAUAGCCAUAAAAACAAUGAAAAUAUUAUUUGCGGAAGUAAUAACUUCGAAUCCGUCUAUCAGAGUCCUGGUACGAAUGCAAGCGAGCAACCGCCAGCAGCACAUCAUCAGCACAAUCACAGCUCAUGCACGACCGAUGACGACAACGACCAUGACGUCAUUUCCGACACUUCCGGAAGUUAUGUCGUUGACUCUCGCGCUAAAUAAAUUAUUUUUCUUUAUGUAUAUGUAUAUAGAUACGUAUUUAUAUUAUAUUAUUUUUUAUAUGUAAAAAAUGUUAUAUAUUUGUAUAUGUCUAACUAUAUAUAUAUAUAUAUAUAUGUGUGUGUGUUGUGCUUAAAAAAUGUAUUUUCUAUGUAUAUUUUUAUAUAAAUAUAUUAGGAAUUUUUGUUAAAAAAUUAAUUUUAUUUUAAAAUGAAAUUACAUUUUUUGAAUGAUUUAUUGAUUGAAAUAAGGAGUGAACGAAUGAAUGAACGAACAAACAAAUGAAUGAACAAACGAACGAAUAGAUGGAUGAAUGAAUGAAUGAACGAAUGGAUGUGUAGACAAUGAGUUUAUGAAUGAAUGAAUUCAUAUUUAGAAAACCUUGUUUAUAUGCAUUCUAGUUUCAUUUUUUGUUGUACAUGGAUGAUCAAUUUUUACUAUUAUUAUUUUUAUUUUAUUUCAUUUCUACGGCUUCUCAAUAAAAAUAAAUUUAUUUGAAUAAAUUCUUGGAAUCAUUGUUUCUAUUUAU